UUCGAGGCAAAUUUUAACAGCCGCCAUUUUGACAAAGCGAGACCGUGACAAAGCAAUCGAGAAAUAAUAAGAGUACAAAUUAACCAAGUGUUGCCAACACAGAAGUAUUCAUUGCAAAGAAUGCCUAGAAAACGCAAAAGAGGAUCCCUUACGGUGAAACGCAAGUACCACUACAUAACAUCUGAACAGCCAAAGGAAGAAAACCAUGUUGCCAGUGAACCCCUGGUGAACAUUAAAGCUACAACAGAUUCUUCUACCCAGUCAGAAAGUGAAAAUGUGCAGUUCACAAGUGAUCAUAGUUAUGCUAUUGAUGAAGACUCCACAUAUGAGCUUGACUCCUUCCAGGAGACAAACAAUGAUAAGCCUGAAGCUGAUGUGAUGGAAUGUAGUUCAGGGCUUCUAGAAAUGGAGGUGGAGACGACAACCUUCUCAGACUUUGCUGUGGAACUUAAACUGCAAAAUUUUUCAUCUCAGUUCGUUGUAAAGGAAUUAGAGCAAUCAAUUCAAAUGUUACAGUUGUACGCAAAUGACAGUCUGACAGCAAUCAAGUUAUCGGUUGAAAUUAAGAGUGAUUUUACGUGCUCUGUCUAUGUGCAUCGGAAAUGCAUUCCGAGAUCUCACCAAAUAUGGACUGGACUGCCACAACAUAUCAAUCGCGUUGCUUAUGUUCUGGUGUUAUAGGAAAGACUGUUAAAAUUUGAUGUCUGCAUAGGAAAUCCUGAGGUGGAAUUUUCAAUUAUUUUUUUUUCGCAUAGAUAGUCGAUGUAGGGAUAUAGAUAAAUGAAAUUAACUAGUUUAUAUAGAUGGAGUUAUUAAUUUUACUUAUAGAUUUCUCUCUAAAUAAAAUGAUUGUACUUUAUAUACUCUAAGGAACCAUA